ACCCAAAAAAUUAUUUGGCUCCAAAGAUUUGUCAUACAUUCAAAUUUCAAAAUAUAGCUGUUGACAAUAACUCAGCGACUCGGCUACUGCUUACAAAUAUAGAACUUUUAUAUCUUGAAAAUGAGUGGUUCGGUGUUCAAUGAAGAUACUUUGCCAGAUUUGUUACCUCUAUAUUACAAGAGGUUAUUUCCACAUUUACAGUUUUAUAGGUGGUUAAGUUAUGGUAAUGUUGCUACAUUUGCAAGAAGAGAAAUAUCCUUCACUCUUUUUGGAGAUAUUUAUAUUCGAUUUCAAUCAUUUGACACUCAAGAAGAGUUCAUUGCCGAACUCCAAAAGAAAUAUCCAGUCAAAAUGGAUUUGGGAGCCGUUUAUUAUACCAAACCUAAAGAUCGUGGACCAGUAGGUACCAUGACGCCAGUAGAAAAAGAGAUUGUUUUUGAUAUAGAUAUGACUGAUUAUGAUGAUAUUAGAACAUGUUGUUCUGGUACUGAUGUAUGUACAAAAUGUUGGAAGUUUAUGGCUAUUGCUUGUAAGAUUCUUGAUGCUGCUCUUCGAGAGGAUUUUGGUUAUGAUCAUAUACUCUGGGUUUUCUCCGGAAGAAGAGGUAUUCACUGCUGGAUUGCUGAUCAUCAAGCAAGAAAACUUGAUGAAGGUGUAAGAUCAGCUAUUGCUGAUUAUUUACAAGUUGUUAAAGGUGGUGCAAAUCAAAUGAAAAAAGUGCAACUUCCUGGAGAAAAAAUACAUUCCUCCCUUAUGAGAGCCCUUUCAAUUAUUGACAAAUAUUUUCUCAAUGAUAUUGUCAGAGAUCAAGAUAUUUUAGGAACAGAUGAAAGACUCAAUAAUUUUUUACAAAUAAUAGAUCAAGAUUUGAGACCAACGUUCAAAUCGUCUAUGAAAAGAGCUGAAAGUUCACUAGAUAGAUGGAAUAUUUUCGAGGAAACAUUUGUAGAUCUAUUACGAAAGAAUCAGAUUCCAAAAAAUUUAAGGAACCUUCGAGAAGAAAUUAAACUACAAUAUUCAUACCCAAGACUUGAUAUCAAUGUUACCAAAGGUCUAAACCAUUUAUUGAAAGCACCAUUUUGUGUUCAUCCAAAAAGUGGUAAAGUUUCUGUACCUUUCAAUCCAAAAUUGGUAGAUAAUUUUGAUCCAGGAAAUGUUCCAACUUUAAAUUUACUCAUUGAUGAAAUAAAUGCUUACGAUGAAAAAACAAAAGAACAAGAAAAAUCUCUAAUGGAAAUGGAAACUGAAACAACUCAAAAACUCAAAAUCAAAGACUACAAGAAAACCAGCCUCUUAAAACCUGUUAGUAUUUUCGAAGAAUUUCUCAGGCCACUGGAAAAAGCUGAGAGACUUAAGAGAAAUGAAAAUGAUGCUUCAAUGGAAUUUUGAAUGGAAACAGAAGAUGCGAUCUGGAAACUUUUCAAGUAUUUUAUGUGUAUAUAAGUUCUCAUGUUGAAUAAUAAUAAUUUCAAUAUUAAGAUUUUGAUAAACUUA